AUGCAUCUCAAUCUUGUACCGCCGGUGGUGGAAGCAGGUCAUGUUGAAGACUUGGUGAAGGCGGGGGAAACCAUUUCGGCGUCAUAUUCGCCAGUCGGAAAUUCAUUAGCUGUGUUUCUGACGUCUUCGGUGGGCACUAUGGCUUCACCCCGAAAAGAGAGCACAGAUGAAGAAAUUCCACUUUAUUUCGCCAGCACAGAUGCAGCUCCAACGUCAGAGAGACGCCUGUUCAUUACCGACACAAUUGUAAUUUUUUCGGCCUUCCAGUCCCUGUACCAAAACCGAAUUGCUGAUAAUUCUCAAUGGUCGCAAGACACUGAGCUACUCUCGAUCGUGCGCAAACUCUCAAUCGAUUAUGUCAAUUUCAUUAGAGAGUACUGGACGCUCUUAUCCGUAAAUCCCAGGAACAUCGUUUUUGCACUGAUAUUCACGUUUUCUCAGGACCGCACAGCAGUUGCAUCACCGUUGCAGUUCUCCAUCGAUCAUUAUAGAUCCCUGUUUUCAUGCUUUUCCUUGUUUGUCAUCCUCUUCCUUCCUGAACCCGAUUAUGAAGAUGCUCCAGUGGGAGAAGAGCUCAUGGAAUGGUUGAACAUCCAUUUCAUUGAACCGUCGACGGAAGAAGGGGAUCAAUUGAGUAGUCUCGAUCGUCCUUGGGAGGAUGAUAAUUUCUGGCCAUAUCUAACAAGGGCUACCAUACGCGGCCUAACAAAGGCUUCUGUGUUUUUCUUGAAAUCACUUUCUGAUCAUCCCUCCGAAUAUCUACAUGACCUCAGUCAAGUACUCAUACCCUUGAUCGAUGAACAACCCCGGUUACAGAAUUACAGUGCUGAGCGUGAUUUCGCUUUUGCGUCGCGACGUUGGAGGGAGAGAGUCCACACUCUCAGGGUUGAAAUGGACCGUGUUCCUGAAGAUGACCGCGAGGAUGACUUCGAUAAUUGGUGGGAUCGCCUCAGUGAUAUCGUGGGUAUUCUUGAAGGUCGCGUGGACGUUCUUAAGCGAGUAUGUGAAGAACUAGGUAGUGAUUGGAAGGAAGUGUGCGCUGCUUGGGGUAUUUUUGUUGAUACCCGUCUACGACGACAAGACCUUCCUGACGUUGUUGCAGAGGUUCUCGAGUCCAUGCCUCCUGACCCCACCGUUUUGGAAGACAUGGUUCAUUCAGCACUGUUCUCAGCACAAAUUAAUCAGGCCCUGUCGUAUGCCUCGCAGCUUGACCAGUGGCUAGCGGCACACUUAGCGGACCUAAUGGCCCCACUUUCACUUAUCGAAACAGAUAUAGAGGAAGAAUCUGAGUUAUCCAAGCGUGACCAGUACGUCUUGGCUUACGCCGAAUACCUCCUUUCCGACCCCACUUUAUGGCGAAUCACACUUGCUUAUAUGUAUUCUUGCGGAAACGUUGGCAAAGAGCGCGGAGACGAGAUCUUAAUGAGGGUUCCAUUGCGCUUACAAGAGCAAAAGUCCGCGGAGAAUCAGGGGGAAAUGGAGGGCGUUGUGGGCACAUUGCGAGAUCUGAAUCAAGUCUGUUUCGAGUUCCAGAGGGAAACGGCCCGCCGGGCCAUUUGCCGGAUCGCUGCUCAAUGCUUCGCCAGCAAAAAGGAUUAUGCUCUCGCGGUUUCCUACUCGAUAUCCGCAGAAGAUUGGUUUGGUCUAGGACGUAUCGUUGACCGUGUCCUUGAAGAAUAUCUUCUCAGCGGUCCACAGAUAUUUGCACGAUUUACUUCGGAAAUCGCCCCUUCUUUGCAUGAAAUCGGAACAUGCACUGGGUUGCAGGGCGUUUUCCUACAUCGACUUAUGUUCGCCAUACGAUAUUCUCAAUUUCAUCGGUUACGCCUACAGCAUGAUUUUCGAGAUGCCGCCUCGGAUCUUGUCGUACUUCUCCGUGAUGAUGUUGCACCGAAAUCAUGGUGGGCGAUAUUACUUUGUGAUUCGGUGGAAUUAUUACAACAAGGUCCUGCCCUGCUUUUUUCCCCUGCAAGUGCAACUGAGUUGUUGAAAAAGUUGGAAGAGCUUUCCACUCGAACGAGUCAAGGUUACGGUCGGGACUAUCUAAGUGUCUUGCUGAGACGAAUGAAGAGUGGAGGCGAGAAAGAAGCUCUAGAGCAUAUGAAGACAGUGCGGCUGGCCCUGGCCAAGUAUUUCGCCCGGUGUGCUAUAGCUGGAUUCGAAGGAGACACGGUACAGAAUAUGUGA